CGCGUCCUGACUCCCAGGGAUGGGCCGGGAUGGACGCCUGCUGCAUGAAUACAGGUGCCCCGACAAACCUGUGUGCUGAGCCUCCUGCAGACUGGAAAGGGCUCCAAGUCACCGGCUGAAACCCGAUACCCAGAUGUCACGUUGCCGAGGCGGCCAGCAUCCUACCUGUGCAGCCCUCCAGGGGCUCUGGAUUACGGCUCGCUCUGCAGAUCGCAAGCUCUUGUGAACAGGGGCCCUCUGGGCUUUUGCCAGUGCCUUUUGACGUCGUCGAUCGCUGUUGUACUCUGCGCCAGAAUAGGUGAAGAUGAUCCGUCGUGCCUUAGAACGCCCCUGUACCCUGGCUAUGCUGAUUGGCUUCCAGUUCGCCUUCAUGGUGUACUUCUCCUUCGGCGGCCUCCGAAGCCUGGCCUCCAUUUUCGGACGUUCCCCGGAGCCCAUGUUCGACUACUCGCGCACGCACGACGUCUACACCAACCUUACGCUCUUGCAGGGGCUGCAGCUUCCACCGGUGCCGGCAGGAGAGCGUCCGCGGAGGUGCCCAGAGAGGUCUCCGUACCUGGUGGGUCCCAUCACCGUGAGCUUCAGCCGAGUCCCAUCCCUUCAAAAGAUAAAAGAAAAGAACCCCUUUGUAACCCAGGGAGGCCGAUACCGGCCCCCAAAUUGUGAAGCCCGGCACCGUACGGCUGUGAUCAUUCCUCACAGGAACCGGGAGACCCACCUAAGGCACCUGCUCUAUUACCUGCACCCGUUCCUCCAGAGACAGCAGCUUCAGUAUGCAAUCUACAUCGUCCACCAGGCCGGGAACUCCACGUUCAAUCGAGCCAAGCUGUUAAACGUUGGGGUCAAGGAAGCCCUUCGAGACGAGGAUUGGGACUGUUUGUUCCUACACGAUGUGGAUCUGAUCCCGGAGAAUGACCACAACCUCUACGUAUGUGACCCUUGGAGUCCUAAGCACGCCUCGGUCGCCAUGAACAAGUUCAGUUACAGCCUCCCGUACCCCCAGUAUUUUGGGGGUGUCUCCGCCCUGACUCCAGAUCAGUACAUGAAAAUUAAUGGUUUCCCCAAUGAAUACUGGGGAUGGGGCGGCGAGGACGACGAUAUCGCCACCAGGGUCCGUCUCGCCGGCAUGAAGAUCACCCGCCCCCCCGUAUCCGUCGGCCAUUACAAGAUGGUGAAACACAAAGGCGACCAGGGCAAUGAAGAAAACCCCCACAGGUUUGAUCUGCUCAUCAGGACGCAACGUAUGUGGACCCAAGAUGGGAUGAACUCUCUGUCCUACACGCUACUGUCUCGCCAGCUGGAGCCUCUGUACACCAACAUCACGGUGGACAUCGGAGCGGACCCCCGGACACAGAAACCUCGGAGAAUUCGUGGACCCACGCCGCCGGCGGUCAGUCGCCACGGCAACGACUCCAGCACCGGCGCGGCAAAAAGAAAGGAAAUCGCGCAGGUCCGGUCUCCAUCGCAGCAGUCGGGUCAAGCAAUGGCUGAGGCGAAUCAGUUCAAGAAACCUGUCCUGGUGGCCAAGGGAGAGAACGGCCCGGGCGGGAACGGAACAGGAACCGCUGUGCUCUCCAUGGGGUCAAGAAAGAAAAGGUCCGGAACCUACAAACCGGAGACAAAAAGGGUAUUAAAGUCAGAUAGGAAGACCGAAGAGGAGAAUGAAACCUCAAACCCUCUGGUCCAAGGCGGGGGGUCUAGGGAGCUCGUGGAGGGAAGACCUUCCAACCAAACCGCCGAGGUCAAGACCCAAGGCUUGGCGUGAGACCGAGGUGCUAGACUCCAAGAUCUCCCGCCGGGCAUGGGAUCCGGAAAUAUCAUGGCUGCUCCUUCCGUUGAAUCCCCUCUUCCAUUGAGGUACAGAACGUGCCACGUUCCUGUCGUUUUGGGACGUUUUCAUUCAGACUGAAGAGUUUGCGGUAAGUAACCGGACUCCCUUCCGCUAGGAGCUGGCUCUGCCCCGUGGGUCUUUGAGGGAACACCUCAGGGGGUCUCUCCUGGCCGUUUGGGAGAUGUCCUGCCCCAUGGUCCCUUAAUUAAUUUACCAUUCGAUCGUCC